AUGAAGCAAACUGUUAACGAAAACACACUACAGCACGCCAUAGGGCCUUUUUUGGUGCUGGCGCAAUUUAUGGGCGUGUUGCCUGUAUCAGGCAUUUGGCCGAGCACUCCGGUAGAGCAGUUGCGCUUCCGUUGGAUAUCCCCAGCUUUCCUUGUCUGCUUGGUCAUCUUGCUGUUUGCCUUACUCGAUCUGGGGCUAUCGUUCAAUAUAGUCCUAGAGCAAGGACUUAAAAUUUAUACAAUAGGCUCGCUUAGCUUUAGCGUCAUCUGCAUAACUUGCUUCACCGUAUUUCUAUCUCUCUCACACCGCUGGCCGCAUCUGAUGCGGCAAACUGCACGCUGUGAACGAUUGUUCCUGCAACCAGCCUACAAUUGCCACCUGGGCCGUAAUUUUAGCCGCAACUUACGUCGCUGGGGCGUUCUGCUACUGCUCGCUGCGUUGGCGGAGCACUCUACCUAUGUGGGCAGUGCCAUCUACAGUAAUUAUCAGCAAAUACACGAAUGCAAUCUGGAUGUAGACUUUUGGUUAAACUAUUUUCAACGCGAGCGUCCCGAGUUGUUCUCAGUAUUCCACUUCAAUGUGGUCCAGGCGCUCUUUAUAGAAUGGACCACUUUGGCCAUGACUUUUGUCUGGAAUUUUGUAGAUAUAUUUCUUAUAUUAGUUUGUCGCAGCUUGCAGCUGCGUUUUCAGCAAAUGCACUGGCGCAUCCGAAGACAUGCGCUCCAGCAAAUGCCAAAUGAGUUUUGGGAACAGCUACGCUAUGAUCUAUUAGAGCUUAUAGAUUUGCUAAAGCUCUACGACAAGGAGCUAUCGGGCCUGUUAAUAUUGGCCUGUGCGCAUAAUAUGUAUUUUGUUUGUGUGCAAAUCUAUCACAGCUUCAAAGCACGCGGCAGCUUUAUGGACGAACUUUACUUUUGGUUUUGUUUAUUUUAUGUCAUCAUGCGUCUCUCCAGCAUGAUGUUUGCCGCUGCCUCCAUACCACAAGUGGCCAAGGAAAUAAGCUACUCGGUGUUUGAGGUGCCCACAGCUUUUUGGUGUUUGGAGCUUAAGCGCAUAAAUGAGGUUAUGUUGAGCAAUAACUUUGCCUUAAGUGGCAAGGGUUAUUUCUUCCUAACCAGACGGCUUAUGUUUGCGAUGGCUGCCACCUUGCUGGUCUAUGAGCUGGUGCUAAUCAAUCAAAUGGACGGCAACGAGCUGCAGAAAAGCAUUUGUAGUCGCGGAAUUGGCUCGUCCAAGAGCAUUUUCUAUUAG